AACAAGAUGCCUCUCCGACUUGAUGUAAAAAGAAAGCUUCUGGCUCGUUCGGACCGCGUGAAAUGUGUCGACUUGCAUCCAGUCGAAACAUGGCUUCUAGCUGCUCUUUACAAUGGAAAUGUUCACAUCUGGAAUUACGAAACACAAACGCUUGUAAAGUCAUUUGAAGUGUGUGACGUACCAGUUCGUGCAGCGAAGUUCGUUCCAAGAAAGAGCUGGGUUGUCACGGGAUCUGACGAUAUGCAUAUUAGAGUUUUCAACUACAACACAUUGGAACGAGUUCAUCAAUUCGAAGCACAUUCUGAUUAUCUCCGAUCGCUCGUUGUUCAUCCAACACUUCCCUACGUCAUUUCAUCAUCCGACGACAUGCUUGUUAAAAUGUGGGAUUGGGAUAACAAAUGGGCAAUGAAACAGUCAUUCGAAGGGCAUACUCAUUAUGUCAUGCAGAUUGCCAUCAAUCCAAAAGAUAAUAACACUUUUGCAACUGCUUCUCUUGACAAAACUGUCAAAGUAUGGCAGUUCGGAUCGAAUGUUCCGAAUUUCACUUUGGAAGGACACGAGAAAGGAGUCAACUGUGUCGAUUACUAUCAUGGUGGAGAGAAACCAUACAUUAUUUCUGGAGCUGAUGACCAUCUGGUCAAGAUUUGGGAUUACCAAAAUAAAACGUGUGUGCAAACGCUCGAUGGACAUGCGCAAAAUGUGUCUUCAGUUUGUUUCCACCCAGAACUGCCAUUGAUAAUCACAGGAUCCGAAGACUCCACUGUUAGAUUGUGGCAUGCAAACACCUACAGACUGGAAACAACCUUGAAUUAUGGGUUGGAACGUGUUUGGUGCAUCCAAGCUCAAAAAGGAGCCAACACUAUUGCCAUCGGAUACGACGAAGGUUCCGUCACGUUGAAAUUAGGCCGAGAAGAACCAGCAGUCAGUAUGGAUUCGUCUGGAAAGAUUUUGUGGGCAAAGCACUCCGAAAUUCAGCAAGCUAACCUGAAGACAAUCUCAACUGAAGAGUCGGAAGCCAUUCAAGAUGGAGAACGUCUGCCGCUUUCUGUAAAAGAUCUCGGAUCUUCUGAAAUCUAUCCACAAACCCUUGCUCAUUCAUCUAAUGGACGUUUUGUUGUCGCUUGUGGUGACGGAGAAUACAUUGUUUAUACUGCAAUGGCUCUCAGAAACAAGGAUUUCGGACAAGGACUCGAGUUUGUCUGGGCUGUUGAUCCAAAUAUGUUUGCUGUCCGUGAAUCUGCCACCAAUGUGAAGAUAAAGAAGAACUUCAAGGAUCACAAGUCAAUUCGUUCAGAUAUGGUACUUGAGGGAAUUUCUGGUGGACCACUUCUUGCCUUGAGAUCGAACAACUCUUUGUGCUUCUUUGAUUGGGAAUCAGCCGUUCUUGUUCGUCGUAUCGAAAUUACUUCCAAGAGCAUCUAUUGGAGUGACAACGGAGAGAUGGUCGCAAUUUGUGGAGAUGAUUCAUUCUACGUUCUCAAGUACAGUGCUGAAGCAGUUGCCAAUGCAACAGAAGUGACCGAAGACGGUAUUGAAGACGCGUUUGAGGUUAUUGGAGAACAGGCAGAAGCUGUGAAGACGGGAUUCUGGAUCGGGGACUGCUUUAUUUUCACCACUGCACUCAAUAGAAUCAACUAUUAUGUCGGUGGAGAAAUUGUCACUAUUGCUCAUGUUGAUAGACCACUUUAUUUGUUGGGAUACAUGGCUAAGGAAUCUCGAGUCUAUGCCGUCGAUAAGGAUCUCAACGUGAUCUCAUACAAACUUCUUCUAUCUGUUCUUGAAUAUCAAACUGCUGUAAUGCGCCGUGACUUCGAUACUGCUGACAAGGUACUUACUACAAUUCCAAAAGAGCAGAGAACUCGUGUUGCUCAUUUCCUCGAAAAGCAAGGAUUCAAGAAGCAGGCUCUUGCGGUCUCUCAAGACCCUGAUCACAAAUUCGAUCUCUCGGUAGCUCUUGGAGAUUUGAAGACUGCCUACGAUUUGGCACUGCAAAGCGAUUCAGAAGAGAAAUGGAAGGCUCUCAGCAACGCCGCCACUCUUAAGUCGGAACUUCUUCUUGCUGGUGAAUGUCUUGGAAGAGCUCGCGAUUUCGGAGGUCUAAUGCUUCUUGCAACGUGUGCCGGAUCAGCUCCUCUUCUUCAGAAACUUGCGGAUGACUCUGCUGCUGCCGAAAGCCACAAUAUCAGCUUCCUCAGUAGUUUGCUUCUUGGAGAUAUUGAUGCUUGUCUAGACAAACUUAUUUCGACUGGUCGCCUCCCAGAAGCAGCGUUCCUUGCUCGAACACAUGCGCCGUCUCGAGUUUCAUCUAUUCUUGAAUUGUGGAAAGCCAAGGCUUCGGGACACAGCGAAAAGAGUAGCAGAAAGAUUGGAGAAUCUCUUGCCGAUCCAGUGAAGUAUGAAAACUUGUUCCCUGGAUUUACCCAAUCACUGAAAGCAGAAUCUUUCGUUCGUGAGAUCUCCAAGAUUCCAGUCCCAGCAUCCGUUCGAGUGCCAUCAGCUGCUACCCGGAAUAUUCAAGAGGAAUUGGAUGAAGCUGUUGCUUCGGGAGCAGUUUCUUUUACUGAUGAUGGCCAAGCAGUACUUAAGAAUGCCCCAAGACAAACCGAGACACAAUUGAAAGCUCCACCUCCUCCAUCAGUUGCACGUCAACCCUCGCCUGUACGCCAGCCAUCCCCUAUUCGUGAGCCAUCACCGAUCCGCGAACCUGAACCUGAAGAAGAGGAAGAACAGGAAGAAUUCGAUGAUGAUCAGCAAGAGGUGCAUGUUCCAGCUAAUCAAGAAAGUGCCGAUGCUCAUGGAACAUCUAAAACUCCUGAUGUUGUUCUUGAGACAAGCCGGCCUGAUAUUGUCCCACCACGGGGGUCCGCCGCUCCAGAUUUGGUUUCCGCGUCUUCACAACAAUCUGCUCAAGAUUUCCAAGAUGAUACGCAAUGGUCAGAUGAAGAUUUUGGAGAUGCUGAAAAUGGAGACCUGAAUAUGGACGAUCUAAAUUUAGACGAGGAAGAUUGACUGGUAGUCGAUCGAUCUGCCCAACAAGAUCAGAAAGACUGAGUAUCAGUGUUAUUUUUUUGUGUAUGUAAUUUAAGCCCCCCCCCCCCCCCCUCCCGUCCUAUCAAUGUCCCCAUUCCAUCCGUAAUUUCAUGCACAAUUUUUUGACGAAUGAUUCAGAGCAGAUCGAUCGAUAGAUAAUUAUUUUAUUUUUCAUGUUUCACCCCAAAAAGAGGUUUUUUUCUAACCCAUCUGGUGUCGGUCACUCUCUAACAUUCUUUGGGAAAUUGUUAAUUAGUAUUAUGGGAAUGUGAUAAUGUUUUUCUUAUCAAAUAAUUAUGUAAUUUAUAGUGUUUUUGGCGCACUCGUCUUUUUUUGUGAUUUUUAUUUCUACUGGUCACUCCUGUCGUAAGCUCCCUUUGCCAACUAUCCACCCAAUUCAUCCCUCCCCGUUUUCAUAUUUCUGCCUUCAAAAUCACAUAACUUAUUGAAUUUUUAUGUUUAUCGCCCUUUCUGAUUUAUAAGUAAACACUAAGUUAUUUCCAGCUUUUUUGUGCGGUGUUUUUUGUAUUCUAGGGGUUUUCUUCGAAGUUUUGUUCUAUGGCUUUUUCCACUUCUACUAUCAUCCUCCCCAAAACUUUCGUGUUAACGAAAAAAUGAUGUAAUGAGAGUUUUAUUGAUUGAAAUGAUUUUUUUUUCUUUUAACCGUGUUUGAAUAAACGGAACAGAAAGUG